AAAACAGGAAGCGGGCUGUGAGACGGUGGACAUGGGACCCGGGAUGAGUCGGUGUCAUUCAGAGGCAGAGGAGUUUAGGAGAGACUUUAACUCCAGACCACAGCCAUGAAGGACAGGGGGUAUGAAUGAGGACCUGCGAGGGAGUCUGUCAGGAGGUUAGUGGUCCGAAACAGCCCGGCUCAGGUCUGAGAGUUCAGGUUUCUGCUGGUCCAACUGAGUCCUGGACUGGUUUCAGCAAUGGGAGAUCAUCUGCCUCCGUCUCUGCUGGAAGUCUGCGUGGUGGUCGGAGCAUCCAGUGAGAAACUCCGAGACGUCUACCAGGCCAACCAACAGGCCAUUAACAAUAAUGGGACACCAGAACACCGUCUACCAUUGGAACCAGAGGUCCUGCAUGUCCUGGCCCCUCCCUUCAUUAGCAGACCACACACUGACAGCGAAGUGGUUCGGUCACAUGGGAAGAGGCGGCGUUCUUUUCUCAGGAAGAAGAGGGAUCACUCUUCUUCAGUUAUAACACCUCCCACUAUAGGUAAAAGUGGAGCAGAAGGAAGAGCAAGUGAAGAUGUUGCUGUUCCUAAAGACAUUGACCUCAUGGCUUUACCUCAACUCUGCUUCCCUGGUGGGCUCCAAGUAACCAAUGAACAGAAAGAUGAACAGUUCCACUUCCUGGUUUUCACUGAUGUGUUUGGCAACAAGACCCAUGGAGCUGUCAUGCAGUGUUACAGGCCGAUAAUGGAUGGGACAUCUCUCUACCAGAAUGGAGCUGGAUAUUCUAAGUUUUCUAGGCUUUUCUCUCCCUACAGUUUCUGUGUCAUAUCUAAGUAUCCAUACUUCACAGCUCUGAGAGAUUGUCUGUCAUGUUUUUUAAUCCAGCUGAAAACUUGCCGUUUAUCAGACUUAGAGGAAAGAGUGAAGGAGUUUGCAGCCAAACUGUCACUAGUGCCUAUACCACCACCUGGACAAUUACAUUUAAUGUUCAGCUUACGGCCUCUGACAAUCAUAUUACCAUCUGGAGAAGACAAAGAUCACCCUCCUGUAGAUUUAGACCUCCAUUUGCCCUUCCUUUGUUUCAGGCCACAACAGCUGCUUCAGGUGCUGUCAUGUCUUCUUCAGGAACAACGGGUGGUCUUAUUUUCAGCCGACUGGGCCCGACUCACACUGGUAGCAGAGAGCUUCUUACUUUAUCUGCAGCCUCUGUCGUGGCAGCAGCCUUAUGUUCCUGUCCUGGCUCGUGGCAUGUUGGACUUCCUAAUGGCUCCAACUGCUUUCCUCAUGGGGUGCCACCUCAACCAUUUUGAGGAGGUUGCUUCUGAAACAGAUGAUUUGAUCCUCAUUGACAUUGAUAAUGGGAAUGUAUCCACUUCCUGCUCUGAGACCAUUGACUUACCAGAUAUUCCUCCGGCAGCUGCAGAAUGCUUCACGGAGAGGUGUGCGUCCUUGCAGUUACAUUUUGAUCUGGAUCAGUGCCACCUUGCAAGCUGCACCGAUAUCAAUGAACAUCGGACACAAAGACGAGUCUGGCAAUGCAACCUCAACCAUGACAUCCAGAAGAUUACACUGGAACUGAUUGUCAACAUCUUCAGGGAUGUUAGUAACCAUCUGAACUAUGAGCACAGAGUGUUCAACAGUGAAGAGUUCCUGAAGACCAGAGAACCAGCUGAGCAACUUUUUUACAAGAAGGUGCUGGAGACACACAUCUUCCAUUCCUUCCUAAAGGAUCGUCUCAACAGGAAAAUGGACAAUUUUUCCCGUAUGGAGCUCAGCACUCGCUCUGAAAUGCAUAAGAUGAAGGCCAUGUUUGAAGUGUCACGCAGACCCACCAUGCAGGAGAUUCAAGCCCGCAGAAAGAGCUCUAUCACAGAGAGCAGGCUCAGUAAAAGGUUAGGGAUGAGCCUCCCCAACCUCGGAGAUGAUCAGACCCUCAGCUUUCAAAGAAACACACUGCUGACCAGGAUCAUGCUGUCUGAUCCAGUAGCAGUGAGAACACCUGCUAAACCUGCAAAGGUGUUUAAGCUCCCCGAUUUCCCAGCCUCUUUGUCCUUUCACUCGGUCCAAAGUUAUUACAGCGAAUUGAUCCAGCAGCUUGGAAAGGCAAUCUUCUCUGUUCAACAUGAGAACUCAACUUUGCUGGCCAGAUUCUACUAUUUGCGUGGUUUCAUCAACAUGCUGUGUUCACGGCGUUUGGAUGCUCUGAGUGAUUUCCAGAACCUCUAUAAAACAGACACAGCCAUCUUCCCCACGCAGCUGGUCACAUGGCUUGUAAAUUCACUGCAUCAUGAUGAGAGACAUCAGGCCGACAGGAGACCUGAACUCAAGAGACUCAUCCUUAAGGUAAAGAUAGACAAUGAGAGACCUUUGGUGCAGCCUGAUGAUCAUGUUAAGAAGUUUGAACUUCCCAGAAAACAUCUUCAGCUGGAAGACUUUGUACGAUGUGUCCAAGAGUCUGGGAUUGUUAAGGACGUCGCAACCAUUCAUCGUUUAUUCGAGGCUCUCACAGAUGGUCAUCCAAAUCAGGUGGAUCCUGAGCUCUUUAGAGUCUUCUACACCUUCUGGAAGGAGACCGAAGCCGAGGCCCAAGACGUCAACCUGCCCUCGGAGGUCAUAGACCACCUGGACAACAGUGAAUGUGUCUAUAAGUUGUCUUCGUGUGUAAAGACUUCACAUGGUGUUGGUAAAAUUGCCAUGACACAAAAACGCCUCUUCUUGCUUACCGAGGGACGGGCAGGCUUUCUGGAAAUCACAAAGUUCAGAGACAUACAGGAGGUAAAGAUCUCCUCAGCCCCCUUUCUUCUUCUUCGGAUUCCAUCUCUUCGUAUCCAGACCACCAGCAGGCCUGAGGUGUUUGAGGCCAAUCUGAAGUCAGAGACUGAACUCUGGAACCUCCUGGUCAAAGAGAUGUGGGCUGGACGCAAGAUGGCCGACCAACACAAGGACCCUCAGUACAUGACUCAGGCUCUGACAAACACCCUGUUAAUGGAUGCUGUCAUGGGCUCCCUGCAGACCCAGAAGUCCAUCAGUGCUGCCUCAAAACUCGCCUACUUUGACAAAAUCAGACAUGAAGUGCCCAUGAUGGUGCCUAAAACGACAUCUGAGACGCUUAAACACAAGAUCAACCCAUCACUGGGCCUUUCUGAACCUCAGACUGUACAUGUGCUGCUAUACACACCAGGUCAGUUGACUUGUAACGGCUCAGGCAGUGAGAUCAAUCCAAAGCUGUGGGUGGCUCUGAGUGGUGGCCGAGUGGUUGUGUUUGAUGCAGCCAGCUGGUCCAUGCUGGAGGACUGCAUCAUGGUUGGAGAAUCACAGCUGAACUGCAUGCUGGGAUUGGUCCAGGAGCAGGUGUGGAUAGGAUCUCAGGACUCUGUAAUCUACAUCAUCGACACCCACAGCAUGUCCUGCAACAAACAGCUCACUGAACACAGACACGAGGUGACGGGACUCACAGUGGACACGAGAGAACACAGUCACCAGACGUUCUCGUGCAGCUGUGAUGGGACAAUUCUGCAAUGGGAUUCAUCCACCCUUAAAGUGAAGCGUCAGCUCCACCUCAGCUGUGCACGUCUCUCCUCCAUACAGAUCCAUGAAGGCACACUGUGGUGCUGUUGUACUGAUGGUAUUGUGGAGCUGAAAAGAAGUGGAACACCACAAAGAAGGAUGCCGCUUCCCGACGACCUACAAAACAUCCCCAGAAACUUCAGCAGCUUUAUUGUGAUCCCAGAGCGGGGUGAGUUGUGGACAGGUUCUUCAGACUCAGGAGAGCUGUCUCUGUGGUACACUAACUACAACAGACGUCCCUUUAAGACAAUCUCACUGUCUGGUUGUUCAGGAGUCACCUGUAUGAUUCAAGUCAAGGAUAAGAUCUGGGUGGGCUGUCACGGCUGGAGCGGUGUUGGAGGUCAUUUUGAUGGUCAUUUGAGGAGUCAGGUGAUGGUGGUGGACUCAGAGACCCACACUGUGGUAAAAGAACUGCAGGCACAUUCAGACAGCAUCCAGACACUCUGCUCUGCUGAGGAUCGCUACGUCCUGAGUGGCUCGGCAUGCCGUGAUGGCAAGAUUGCAAUCUGGAAAGCUCAGUAGAAAGCUGAGGUGGAGAAAGAACUGGAAUGAAAACAGGAGGGUGGAGGUGAUGCAAGAGAGGGAGGAAGUGAAAAGAGGAUGGCAUAUGAUAACAUUUUUGGCACUUGACUGUGACAGCAAGUUCAUCCUGUAAAAGCUUGAGUCAAACAAAAAUGGAGAGGCAUAAAAAUAGUACAAUGUGAAAAAUGAAAACAUACUCAAAGAAACUUGAAGACCGGUUUGACUGCUUUUCUUUCAAAAUGCAGAAGAGUAAUGUCUGAACCUUAAGAAAAUUAGUUUGAUUCAUGGGAAGAAAAGCCUUUGAAUUAGAAUGUGUUAAGAAAGAAUUCCUUCAUAGGUUUUUUUGUUUUUGGAAUCGCAGUGUUUCCUAGUAACAUGAUUGUGGCACAGUGAAAUACUGAAGUAGUUUUAAUCCGUUCAUUCAUUCAUUCAUUCAUCUAAAACCACUAAGACACAGUGCAUUUUUUGACAUAGUCAUGUACUUUUUGGAUUUAAAGGUGGGGUAGGAGAUCUUAGAAAAAUGGUUCGAGCGAGCUACAUUUUGAAAAUACACAAUUCAAAAGUCCAAACCCCUUUCUUCAGACGUUCUCCCAAAACCAAAUAUAGUAAAAAAUGCUCCAGGAAAACAUCUCCCACCCCACCUUUAAGUGUUGCAUUUGUGUUUUUUUUGUAUCUCCCCUGAUUGUCACAUCAUCUUUUAAUGUUCUGAUAACAGUUGACAUUUGAUGACAUAAUUUAUAGAUUCAUAUGAUGGGGUCAAAAUAUUUAAUUAAAACUUUCAUCUGUC